AUGAAUGCUACAGAAUUAUUGAAUAAUAAUAGUACAACAAAUGCGGAGAAAACAGUUACCGAAUUAUAUCUUUUCAUUUUGCCAACAAUUGUUAUUUUUGGCUUAUGCGGUAAUAUCGUCUCAUUGGUUACUAUUUUUCAUUCACGGCUACGAGAAGUUUCAGCAAAUCUCUAUUUGAUAGUGCUUACAACAGCAGAUAGCGUUUUUCUACUUGGUUUAUUAUUAAUUCUAUUCAAACUUGAUUUUAUGACAUAUCACUUCUGUGUGGCUAUCGAAUAUAUCUUAUCAACAUCUUCCUAUAUCAGUAGCUGGUCCGUUGCCGCACUUACUAUUGAACGGUACUUGGCACUUGCAUAUCCAUUGAAACAUGCUAGGUAUGGACAUUUGGAUCGAUGGAAAAUGAUUUUAUUUUUAAUACCUAUACCAUUUGCUUUCAAUUUGAUUCAAUUUAUAUCAUUGAUACCAUAUAAUGAUAAGAAUGAUCCUCAAUAUCCCAAUAUACGCAAGUGUAUUCCAUAUAAUGGUAGUUUUCAGAUUAUUAUCGAAGCUGCUGAUGUAAUAUUAUGUUAUGUGGUACCAUGCCUUUGUGUAGUUUUAUUGAAUUUACUUGUUGUUGGAAAAGUGAAACGUAGUUUCACUCAUGGUCCUAAUCGAUCACGCUCAAAUAGUAAUUCCAUUCGUCGGCGUCAUGGUUCAGCUAUGAUAUUAUUAGUAGUACCAAUAGUAUAUAUGUUAUUAAAUACGCCAUUUUAUUUGUUACGAAUAACGGAUACGAUAGCAUUAUAUGUCUUUCAAAGUAAUGAAUUCUCUAUUGUUGGUGGCUUAAAUGGUACUCUUACAAUAUUCUUAUACAAUACCGCUCAUUACUUAUAUUAUAUCAGUUUUGCUUGUGAUGUUAUCGUUUAUGCAUUUUCCAGUUAUAAUUUUCGGAAGACAGCCAUAAUUGCAUGGCGUCAAUUAGUAUUCUCACAUAGUGAAAAGAUUCAAAAAAUUACAAGCGAACGAUUUCCUGUCGAUUAUCAAUGA